CACGCAGAACUUUAUACUGGGUCUGCUCUCUUCGAUGAUUGUGUUCCGAUGCAUUGGAGAAACUGAAAACGGACGAUGGAAAAUUGAAAUGGGCGUAGUUGAUCUCGGAAACGUACAAUCGGUGGAAGAGUUGCUUAUGGCUUUGAUACAGAAGAGUUCGGUUGUAGAAGUGUUCUUUUCAGGUAUUGGUCACUAUUUAUUAAUUUUUGAAAUGUGCUGCAUCUUUUUCUGGGCGAGGAAUUUGUACAGAACAAGGAAAUGUAAUAUUGAGACGUUGCUAGUUACCGAAGAUUCCGAACCGUCCAAAUAUCGCUCGUUCGGAGACGAAAGUGAUUGCGAUGACCUGCAUGAACUGGUCGGUGAACGAAAACUUGACUGAGUCAUAACCCGUCUGACGUUAAAUUAUUUAAAACACCCCUAUACUGUUGAACAGUAAUAUUUUUAUAUUCAUAUAUUAUUAUAAAUUUGUAUCAACAUAUUUUUUUAACAAAAUAUUUACCCAGAUGAAAAAAAAAUGCUUUCUGUUUUAAUUUUGGCAUGAACUUUUAUAGAGUGCUGUAUUUACAAUCGGGC